AUGAGUGUCAGGGUGGUGGCGCGAAUUCGACCGCUCCUGAAAACGGAACGUGAAAUCGACAUCAUCCUCCGUCCUGGUGCGUCCAACCAGACGUUACCUUCUGCUGCCAAAUCUUCCGAUGAGAAUACGACGUUGAAGAAGCAGAAAGACAUUUACGACCGGCCCAAUGUUGUGCGUAUCCCGAACCCGAAAAAUGAGGGAGAGCAGUAUAGCUUUCAGUUCAAUUCGGUAUAUGAUGACACUGUGGGACAACAAGAAUUUUUCGAUGCAGAAGUGGCGCCGACUGUAAAGCAUCUUUUCAACGGGUUCGAUAUUACGUUGUUUGCAUAUGGAGUCACCGGCACGGGAAAAACCCAUACCAUGAGAGGAGGAAAAAGCCUAGCCGAUAGAGGGGUCAUCCCACGAUUGUUAAGCGGCAUAUAUAGGAGAAGUCGGAAGAUGGAGAAAGACUCUCAAGGUGCCACAAAGGUGAACGUUGUCAUGAGCUACUAUGAAAUAUACAACGACAAGGUGUUUGAUCUCUUUGAGCCGCCCGAGAAGAGGACGCCUUCCGGCCUUCCACUCAGAGACAGUGGAGGUAAGACCAUAGUUGUAGGGCUUACUGAGCGGCCAUGCGGUUCAUUGAAGGAGUUCGAAUGUCUAUAUGACCAAGCCAAUAUUAACAGGUCGACCUCUGCCACGAAGUUAAAUGCACAUUCUUCCAGGUCACACGCAAUUUUGUGCGUGAAGUUAACAGUCACAACGGGAGACCGCGUUCGUGUUAGCACUGCCUCUGCAAUAGACCUGGCUGGCUCGGAGGAUAACCGCCGAACAGACAAUGGUAAAGAACGCAUGGUCGAAUCGGCGAGCAUUAAUAAGAGCUUGUUCGUCUUGGCCCAGUGUGUGGAGGCUAUAAGUAAAAAGCAAGCAAGAAUCCCGUAUCGAGAAUCGAAAAUGACGAGAAUCUUAUCCCUUGGUCAAAACCAGGGGCUUACAGUGAUGAUCCUUAAUCUUGCACCAGUCCGUUCGUAUCACCUGGAUACGCUGAGUUCUCUCAACUUUGCGAACCGUACAAAGAAGAUUGAGGUCCGAGAGGUGGAGAAUGAGCCGAUGUUCAAAGGACCGCCACGUCUUGCCCCGGGGUUAUCCGCGAAAGGGUCCUCCAUAAAAAGGCAGCCGUUGCGGCCACUAACAGCUUCAUUAAAUGCAAAUAUUGUGCCACCAGCCGCCAAUGGGGCCUCGAAGCCAUCCGAUGGCAAGCCUACAAAGUCAUUCAUGGUCUACACAGACAAGUCGCAGGCCAAGCAGCAAGCUCAACCUGCUUUAGCGAAAGCCUCUCCAUUGAAGCGAAAGUCCGGAAACAAUCUCCUGCCGUUGGCCCGUCCUUCAAAAAUUGCUCGUGUUGCAAACGAGGCGAGUACCCGGUGCACACAAGAAUCAAACAGUGUCUCCGCUGCAAAGAUCGAGGAGAUGGUCGAGAAGAAGGUCGCACAGAUCCUAGCUGCUCGAGCUCGAGAUGAAGCUGAAACGUCCCGUGGAGCGCUUCGCACGCAAGCAAACAACAUUAAUGCCCAGUUACAACGCAGACUUGAACGCUUGGAGCAAAGGGUUGAAGGGAACGAAGAUGCACGGGCUGAAGGCUUAUCGUACUUGCUAAUGGGUAAGCAACAUCAGAGCCAUGGUGAAGAUAAGUCAGCUUUAAAGAUGUAUCAGUUGGCGCUCCCCUUCUUCCCAGAAAAUGCAAAAUUAGCACAGAAAAUCGAAGUUUUGCAGGCGAGAUUGAACGGACAUGACACAACGCACAGUGAUUCCGAGAAGGCACAACAGCAAGGGCAUAAAAACCGUCGACGAGUUAAUCGUGAAAGCGCCGAGAAGUAUGAUAGUGGCGACGAGGAAUACUGCGAGUUAGAGGAGAAUGAUAGCUUGAGCGACGAGAACUACGAGGCACAGGGUCAUUCACGCCCCAAACCGAAAGCUAGCAAGGCGGCGACUCGAAGGUGCCACCCAAGAACAAAAGAGACAGGCGUCGUAGACGCCAACAACGCGAUCCAGUCUCCGCGGACAGCACACAUUCUCUCCAUUAUCAAUUCGAGGAAUAUUAAUCAAAUUAAGCUGCUUCGCGGCGUUGGGGCUAAGAAAGCAGAGGCCAUUGUUGAUUGCCUUUGCGAGAUGGAUGGCAAUGUUUCUGAUGCUGAUAAAUCGGUUCAGAUUCGCAGUCUGGUGGAAUUAGGGAAGAUGAAAGGCGUUGGGUUGAAGACGGUGGAGAAUAUGCGGAAUGCAGUCGAUGUUGCAUAG